AUGUUAUUGAGGGAAGUGAAGAAGCACGGAGUGAACUCAAUUAGUUUCUUUGUCAGAGGAAAGGUCGUCACAUUUUCGAGGGACGAUUUUUUAUUGAUCACUGGUUUAUGGCGGUCCCCUACGCGAGUUGUACGGAGUGAGGAAUCCUCCCAAGAACUUGCAACGAGGUAUUUUGGUAAUCAGUCGACCUCAAACACAUUCCACUUGAAUUUACUGGAAGAAGAAUACAAGAAUUUGGUAUUUGAAAACGAUGAUGAUGUUGUUAAAAUCACCCUAAUAUAUUACACAAAGGUUGCAAUGAUGGGUAAGAACAAGCAAAAGAGUGUUGACGAUCGUACUCUAUUUGAAGAUGUUGAAGACAUAGAUUAUUACAACAAUCUUAAUUGGGAUACAAUUAUUUGGCAGAGGACACUCGACGCCCUCAAGACUGCACCAAAUGAUAAGGUUGGUUUAUACAAGGAGAAGGUGAAGGGAAAUAAAAAUUAUGUUGUGAAGUACUCGUUCCGUGAAUUUCCUCAAGCAUUCCAGGUAGAUGUUCCUUAA